UCUGGCCUCUUUCUAGAGCUCCCACUUUCCGACCCGAAGAUCACUUACUCAUGAUUUGACCUUUAUUUUUUCCGAGUUCCCAUUUGUCUUGAAAGCACCAUAUACAGUAUGAACAGUCCCUCCUUGCUGGCAAUUAAAAAAAAAAUACAUCAUGAAGAAAGUGCACAACAGCUGUUAUAGGCUAUCAUCCUGGUUCAGUUCAAUACCAUGUGAAGGCUUUGGAGUUUGUAGACACGCCCCUACUCCCACUUCAACAUUCUUUCCAAAGACCCUCAAUCUGUGCAGCCAAAGGAACUGCUUCAUUGACUCCUACCAGCUGUGUGGAAAAGCAGGAUCUAUUGCGUUAAAAUAGUGGAGAAAGUGAGUGAACAUGGAAGAGGAGAUGGUUGGAGGGACCACUCCAGGAGGACCAGUGGACUCAGAGUCCCAGAAACGAKGCUCCGAGGAUGCGGUUCAGCAGGAGAGGGGCAAGUGGGCCAACAAGACUGAAUUCCUGCUCUCCAUGGCUGGUGAGAUCAUUGGCCUGGGCAACGUAUGGCGCUUCCCUUAUCUGUGCUACAAGAACGGAGGAGGUGUCUUCUUUAUCCCGUACUUUGUGUUCCUCUUCUUCUGUGGUAUCCCUGUGUUCUUCCUGGAGACGGCAUUGGGCCAGUACACCAGCGAGGGCGGGGUCACAGCCUGGAGGAAGAUAUGUCCCAUGUUCGAAG